UCCAGGGCCUCAGCCCGGUUGCAGAUGUGAAGCUGCUGGCCAGACGCUGGCUUCCAGUCCUGCAGUCAUGGCCAACAGGACCAACGCCUCUGUCCCAUACUAUAUCUAUGAAUACUACCUGGACUACUUGGACCUCAUUCCUGUGGAUGAGAAGAAGCUAAAAGCCAACAAAUAUUCCAUCGUCAUUGCGUUUUGGGUGAGCCUGGCUGCUUUUGUGAUGCUCCUCUUCCUCAUUCUGCUCUACAUGUCCUGGCCAGGCACCCUGCAGAUGAGGAGUGAUCCCCAGAACCACCAAACCUGCUCAUGGACUCACAGCCUCAACCUCCCCUCCUGUAUCCGAAGCAUUUCCCAGGGGACACCAGAGGAGCCCCUAAGUGAGACUGGUGCUGGCCAGCGACCACAGCAGGAGAACCCCUCCGCCUCACCUCCAGUGGUCCCCACAGCUCUCCUUGGGAUACAGGUCCUGGAUGGGGGCCGCAGAGCACCAGCUGAAGUCACAAACAAGCCUAGGGUGGGCUGAGUUCAGAGACAGAACUGACAUCAGCAAAGCAGUCUUACCUGCGUGAACUGGUGAAAUCAAACCAACCGGGACAUGGGCUGUUCGCAGGUAACAGAAAAUGUGACCACGCCAAGAACCACUCCACAAGGAGACACGCCGCAUGUCUUCAGCAAAGGCUUGCCAAGGCCCCCUAGAGAAGUUGUUCCAGAUGUGGCUGCUUUUACUUCGCAUGCUUUAAUCCUGCUUAUGCUUUGAGACAGGUCGGUAGAUAAACUACACAUACAUUAAAAACGAGUAUUUACUCAGCUUUACCUUUACUUUCUGCUCACUCACCUGUUAGAAUGCAGGGGAUGCUCACAAAGCUCCCACACAUCUUCCAGGGACACCCAGUGCUCGAGAUAUGGCAGCAUCUGCCCUGCCAGGCCAGUUUACCCACAUCACAUCUCUGCCUCCAGCCCGAGGGUGGCAGAAGUGAACAGCCUGUCCUGACAACAAGCCGAGUGGUGUCCCAUUCUAGAUGCUACUUUCUGUGACCUGGGAUCUCACAGUCCCGAAGCUCUAGAGCUUUAGGCUCCAGCCCUGGCCCAGGGGAGUGAGAUGGCUGCAUGCUGCAGGGCCCAAAAAGCCACAAGUACCACCACCAGCUCUCAGGCAGGGAAGUGAUGGGUUUAUUUAAAAAGUAACUUGUCUUUUCCCACCACAAUAUUUAAGCCACAGUUGUCUCUCUGGAUCCACAUGUGGACGUGGAUGUUUUAGAACCCUCCAAGGAUGUCCACUGCCACACAAGUCUUUUCUGUAAAAAGACCUAGUGUUCACACAGGAUCUGUGAUUACUUGCAGAAAGCAAUAUGGAAUAAAUGCUAGGUAAACA